CUUGAACCAGAGCAAUUAGGAGUCAAAAUACCUAAUGUACAGAACAUGAUGAAAUCCCACUGGACAAUCCCUGCAGCUCCUUUCAUCCCACAAAAAGCUGCUGCAGGCUUUGGGAAGGACAAGAACCUGUCCCAGUGAUAAAAAUUUCCUGAAGCAGAAGCUGCUGCUCCUCGUUACCAGAGCCACUGCAGAGAUCCCAGAAUUAAAGCAGAAAUGACAAAUAUUUAGGUCACCCAGUUAAUCUGCAGAAGAUUGUUUGUGAGAAAUGACAUUUAAGAUGUGUCAGCUGGGACUGGGCUUGUUGAUCCCAGGAGGAACCUCUGCCCCAGGGCCACACCGGGGUGUGCUGGGCUCACGUUUUGGGCUCUGAGGUGGCAGCAGGGCUGGUUCUGGGCACUCUGAGCUGCCUUUGCAAGGGGAACAUCCCCGGAGCUCCUGGCACCUGAACACAGCCAGGCUCAGCAGCAGCAGCAGCUCCCUGAGUUACACAGGGAUCAUUGGAGAAUCCUGCAAUGGGCCGGGUGGGAUUCAAAACCAUCCAACCCCAAACCCCUCACCCUGCCAGGCUGCUCCGAGCCCCUUCCAGCCGGGCCUGGAACACUUCAGAGAGCCGGGGACAUCCCCAGGCUCUCCGGGCACCCCGGAGCUCUCAGUGCUCCCCGGGAGAGGGCAGAAGCUGCUGCGGUUCCCCGCAGCCGCCGGGGCCGUGCCCGGUCCCCGCUGUCCCCGCCGGGGCCGUGCCCGGUCCCCGCUGUCCCCGCCGGGGCCGUGCCCGGUCCCCGCUGUCCCCGCCGGGGCCGUGCCCGGUCCCCGCUGUCCCCGGGGCCGUGCCCGAUCCCCGCUGUCCCCGGGGCCGUGCCCGAUCCCCGCUGUCCCCGGGGCCGUGUCCGGUCCCCGCUGUCCCCGCCGGGGCCGUGCCCGGUCCCCGCUGUCCCCGCCGGGGCCGUGCCCGGUCCCCGCUGUCCCCGCCGGGGCCGUGCCCGAUCCCCGCUGUCCCCGCCGGGGCCGUGUCCGGUCCCCGCUGUCCCCGCCGGGGCCGUGCCCGAUCCCCGCUGUCCCCGCCGGGGCCGUGCCCGAUCCCCGCUGUCCCCGGGGCCGUGCCCGGUCCCCGCUGUCCCCGCCGGGGCCGUGCCCGGUCCCCGCUGUCCCCGCCGGGGCCGUGCCCGGUCCCCGCUGUCCCCGCCGGGGCCGUGCCCGGUCCCCGCUGUCCCCGGGGCCGUGCCCGAUCCCCGCUGUCCCCGGGGCCGUGUCCGGGGCAGUGUCCGGGGCCGUGCCCGAUCCCCGCUGUCCCCGGGGCCGUGCCCGAUCCCCGCUGUCCCCGGGGCCGUGCCCGGUCCCCGCUGUCCCCGCCGGGGCCGUGCCCGAUCCCCGCUGUCCCCGGGGCCGUGCCCGAUCCCCGCUGUCCCCGCCGGGGCCGUGCCCGAUCCCCGCUGUCCCCGGGGCCGUGCCCGAUCCCCGCUGUCCCCGGGGCCGUGCCCGGUCCCCGCUGUCCCCGCAGGCUGGGCGGGCCGGCGGAGCUCAGCGCGCACCGCGGCGGCGGCUCGGGCGGGUUCCUGGAGCACAUCUUCAGACACGCGGCCCGGGAGCUCUUCGGCAUCCACGUGGGCUCCAUCCGCUACAAACCGCUCAAGAACAAGGACUUCCAGGAGGUGACCCUGGAGAGGGAUGGGGAGGUGCUGCUGCAGUUCGCCCUGGCCUACGGCUUCAGGAACAUCCAGAACCUGGUGCAGAGGCUGAAGAGAGGGAAGUGCCCCUAUCACUACGUGGAGGUCAUGGCCUGUCCCUCAGGCUGUUUGAAUGGAGGAGGGCAGAUCAGGCUGGAGGGGGAAGGCAGCAAGGAGCAGCUGCAGGAGGUGGAGAGGCUGUAUGAGUCCCCGAGGGCCGAGAUUCCCGAGGAGAACCAGGCUGUGAGGGAGCUGUACCAGCGCUGGCUGGGGGGCUGGGGCUCGGACAGGGCGCGGGAGGUGCUGCACACCCGGUACCACCCCGUGGAGAGAGCAAACUCUGCCCUCAGCAUCAAGUGGUGAGGGCUGCCCGGCCCAGGAGCUCCUCAGUGCCUUCUGAACGCCGAGCUGGGAUUCUCCCAGGCCUCUGGGCAAUUCCUGCCUCGGGGAAUGUGCCUGGCACUGCUCGUUCCCUCAGCUGGAGGAUGAGGGAGGGGAACAAACCCCGAAGUCUGACAGGAGACGCUUCAGGAGAGGCAGAAAUGCAUCCCAGGCUGCUGGGACAGAGCCUGCACUGCUCCAACAGCCCCAUUCCUGCCAGAAGGGAGGAAUCCAAGGAUUCAGAGCCCAGCUCCAGGCUGAGCUUUGUGCCACAGCCUGGCAUUCCUCCCCCAGGCCUUGCUGGAUUGUCACAGCUCUCAGGUCUGUGGCUGCCUCUGCUGGAACAGCCUCAUUUCAUCAGAACUGCUCUCCUGAAGCCUGGAGGGGUCACAUCUCCCUGCCCUGCAGGAAAUGUGACCUCUGUGCCCUCAGAGAGGGGGAUCCAAGCCUGGGAUCGUCCCUGGGGCUGCCUCAGUGCCUGCUGGAAAAGGGCUGGAGUGAAUGCUGGACAGAAACCUUGUGAUUCCUUUUCCUUAAAUUAUAAUGAUUUAUACCAAGGGCAAUUACAUCUCUGUCUUUUCUUCCUAAACACAGCAGGGAGUCAGGGAAUUGCCACACUGACCCACCCUCAGCAGCCACUCACUGAGGGAUGAGAUCCCUAAAUCCAGACAGAACAGGCACUUCCUGCUGGAUAACAUCCUGAAAUUAGGAGAAAAUAAUUCCUCACCUUGGGGCUGGCAGGAACCAAAGCCUCCUCUGCACUUUAUCCCAAUGAAUCCACACAGCAAAGGGUGAUUUUCAUGUUUUUAAUGAAAAGCUUUCCAUUUUUCA